GACAGAGGCUGAUUGACACAUGAACGUUGAGGACGCCAACAUGGAGGAAACAUCAGCACACCAGUGAGGAAGAGGUGGAGCUUCUUCAACAUGUGACGCAGACUAGGUGUGUGCCUAGGAUCCGGGAGCUGCCGGUCAUCGCUACGUCGCCAUGAGGCGCGCCCUGGUUCUUCUCGUCACCUGCCUCACCUGGACCUCGGCUCUGCUCGCAGCCCCCACCGAGCUGAAGUACCUCCUGGAGCCGCCCGUUUACGCCGAGGUCGUCGGCCGGCGCGGCGAGGAAGCCACCCUGCCGUGCGUCCUAAAAAGCAAACCGGCCCACUACAAAGUCAAAUGGACCAAGCUGGAGCCGGGCGCCAUCGGCCCCGAGAACAUCGUGAUGAUUUCCGACGCGCACGCCUUCAAGCGACACGGCCAGCUGGGGCCGCGGGCGUCCCUGCGGCGAGCCCACAGCAUGGACGCCUCCCUGCGGCUCGCCGACCUGCGGCUACAAGAUGGCGGCACGUACCGCUGCGAGCUCAUCGACGACAUCGAGGACGAGAGCGUGGCGGUCACUCUGAGGAUAGACGGUGUGGUUUUCCCCUAUCAGAGCCAAAAUGGCCGCUACAAGCUGACCUUCAGCGAGGCCAAGACGGCGUGCGAGGAACAGGACGGCGUGUUAGCCUCUCACCACCAAUUGUACAGAGCCUGGACCGAGGAUCUGGACUGGUGCAACGCGGGCUGGUUGCAGAAUGGACAGGUCCAGUACCCCAUCAUCACGCCUCGGCCUGCCUGCGGAGGAGCAGAACCGGGUCCCGGCAUUCGCAAUUACGGACUUAAAGACAAGCAGCGGGAUCGUUUCGACGCCUUUUGCUUCACCUCGCUGACCACCGGGUCCGUCUUCCACGUGGCGGGCUCCUUCUCCUUUGAGCAGGCCCAGCAAACGUGCGCACGCCACGCAGCUGACCUGGCCUUGGUGGGCCAGCUCUACUCCGCCUGGCGCUUCCACAACUACCACCGCUGUGACGGCGGCUGGCUGAGAGACGGCAGCGUGCGCUUCCCCGUCGCCAAACCCAGGGGGCGCUGUGGGGGCCUCGCCGACCCGGGGGUGCGCUCCUUCGGGUUCCCGCCCAAGUCCUCGCAUCUCUAUGGCGCUUACUGCUACCAGGAAGUCCUCAGAUCACAGUAGUCACCAAAAACACCUUCCAUUCAACUAUCAUCCAUCCAUCCAUCCUUCCAAUCAUCCAUGUAUCCAUCAUCCAUCCAACAUCUAUCAUCCAUCCAUCUAUCCAACCAACCAUUUAUCUAUUUAUCAUCAAUCCUUCCAUCAUUCAUCCAUCCUUCCAUCCUUCCAACCAUCCAUCUAUCCAUCCGUCAUUCAUCCAUCCAUCCAACCAUCCAUCUAUCCGAAUCUUCCAUCACUUCUAUCUAACAUCCAUCCAUCUAUCCAACCAAUGAUCUAUCUAUCAUCCAUCCUUCCAUGAUUCAUCCAUACUUCCAACCAUCCGUCAAUUCCAUCCAUCAUCCAUCAUUUAUACAUCCAUCCAACCACCCAUCAAUUCCAUCUAUCCAUUAUCCAUCCAACAUCUAUCAUCCAUCCAUCUAUCCAACCAACCAUUUAUCUAUUUAUCAUCAAUCCUUCCAUCAUUCAUCCAUCCUUCCAUACUUCCAACCAUCCAUCUAUCCAUCCAUCCAACCAUCCAUCUAUCCGAAUCUUCCAUCACUUCCAUCUAUCAUCCAUCCAUCUAUCCAACCAAUUAUCUAUCUAUCAUCCAUCCUUCCAUGAUUCAUCCAUACUUCCAACCAUCCGUCAAUUCCAUCUAUCCAUCCAUACAUCCAACCAUUCAUCAAUGCCAUCUAUCAUUCAUCCAUCCAACCAUAUUCAUCCAACCUCCCAUCAUUCCUCUAUCCAUCCAAUUAUCCAUUGUUCCAUCCAUCCAUCUAUCCAUUUGUCU